AUGGUAGAUUUAGAACCCGGAGUAAUCAACGAAAUUAAGACUGGUGACUAUAGGAAUCUCUUUCACCCAGACAAUCUUAUUUGUGGCAAAGAAGAUGCAGCCAAUAAUUAUGCUAGAGGCCAUUAUACAGUGGGUAAGGAAAUUCUCGAGCCAGUUUUAGAAUCCAUCAGAAAAAUUGUGGAUAAUUGUAAUGGACUGCAGGGAUUCCUUAUUUUCCAUUCUUUUGGAGGAGGUACCGGGUCUGGAUUUGGAUCACUUUUGAUGGAAGCAUUAGCUGCAGAAUAUGGCAAGAAAUCCAAGCUAGAAUUUUCAGUAUAUCCAGCGCCAAAAUUGGCUACAGCAGUUGUUGAGCCAUAUAACUCCAUUCUCACAACACAUACAACUUUGGAGAACUCUGAUUGUUCUUUCAUGGUUGAUAAUGAGGCUAUCUAUGAUAUGUGUAAAAAUUUAGGAAUUGAAAGACCAGCCUAUACUGAUAUUAAUAGGAUUAUAGCUCAGGUUGUAUCAUCAAUUACUGCAUCUCUCCGUUUUGAUGGAGAGUUAAAUGUGGAUCUUACAGAGUUUCAAACAAACUUGGUUCCAUAUCCCAGGAUUCAUUUCCCAUUGGUGUCAUAUUCCCCAAUGAUAUCAUCCACCAGAGCUAAUCAUGAGGGGCUUUCUGUACAGGAAAUUACAAACAACUGCUUUGAACCUCAGAGUCAAAUGGUCAAAUGUAAUAUUAAAAAUGGGAAAUUUAUAGCUUGUUGUCUUCUUUUCCGGGGGGAUGUCCGUCCAAAAGAAGCCAAUCAGGCAACUGCAAAUGUAAGGGCAAAAAGAGCAGCCCAGUUUGUUGAAUGGUGUCCAACUGGCUUUAAGAUCGGAAUUAAUCGCAAGCCCCCCACUGUUCUUCCAGGCUCAGCUAUGGCACAAGUAUCUAGAGCGGUAUGUGCACUUUGCAAUACUACUGCGAUUGCAGAAGCGUGGAACAGAUUGAACAACAAAUUUGAUUUGAUGUUUUCCAAGAGAGCCUUUGUUCAUUGGUAUGUUGGAGAAGGUAUGGAAGAGGGUGAAUUUAGUGAAGCCAGAGAGGAUUUGGCGGUGCUUGAAGAAGAAUAUGCAAGCAUUGGUGCUGUUUCUGUGGGUGAUGAAUAUUAA